AAAAGGGCUGAAUUGGCGGCUGAGUCUUGGGAUCUGGCGGUCUCUGAUGAAGUGGCUGCUGCCAGCUACUGAUAAGCAGAUCAGCAGCUCAAAUCCUCCCUCCCUGGUACAGACAUAUAGCUUUUGAUAAACACAAGUCUUAAGUACAAAUGGGGUUAUCAACAAACAGCUCAAGCGUUCAAACUUCGAAAUUUCAAUAAAAUAAAAAGAGUGUUAUUGCAAGUUUGAGUCCUGAAUGAUAUGCAUGUAGCUGUUCCUCAGUGAGAGACUUUUUUUUUUUUUUUUUUUUUUUUUUNUUGGUAGCUGUUGGGAGAAAGAAUGACUUUCCCUUCCAGGCAUAGGUCGUCCCAGUCAGGUACCGUUGCAGCAAUCUCCUCUUCUGGCCCUCUGCCAGUAUCUACUAAUGCUGGGCUCAGUGGGGGCACAGCGGGUCGAUCUUCCUCAAAAGGGGGAGGGGGAACGUCUUGGCUAUCUAUUUCCCUGGCGCCAAGAUUCCGCCAUGUGCGGUCGAAGUCUCUGUCAAGUCACCCUUCGUCUUUGAAUCCACCUCCACUGCCUGCUGCGGACACCCUGAAUUCCACCAGCAGUAAGAAAGGCAGUGCGCCUGGCGAUUCACCGUCUAAGGCAUCUCAGCAUGCCUCACAUAAUGCUGCAGUUAUACGUUCAGACACUGGCGCUGGUUCUCCCCAGGUGCCCUCGUCUGAUACCGGCCGAUCGCGUCUGUACACCCCACGGCGAUCAACUAGUGGGCUAAGUGGGCUAGGGAUUGUUCAGUCGUGCGCUGGCAGAAAAUCAAGUGGCCGUCCGUCUGGAACGCCUAGCAUUAGAACUGGGGUUGGGUUUCUGGGCACUUGCUUGACGGCUGAGAAGUCUAGCGAUGACAGCCUUGGUCUUUGUACGUCCAGCAGUGUUGAGGGUGGCAAGACUACAUCAGCAACAAUCAUCGGUGAGUCAACGUGCACCUCUUUGACUACCUCCAAUGGGGUCGAUGCCGCCACAUCACAAUGCUCCCGCGGGCUACUGCGUUCAAUGAGCCUUAAUGCAGGUGACAGGAAGGGGGCGGCAGGGGCAGGAUUGUUGUUGAAGGCGGAGACCAUGAGGAUGCUGACUUGUGAUCCGGGGACAUCCUCUGGGCUCGACCACCAGAUGAGAGAGCUUGCCAUGGAGACUGCAGAGGAGGAGGUGCAGAGCCCUCUCAAGGGCUAUCAUCAUUUGUGGAAGGCAGGCAGCAAUGCCGUUGGGAGUUCUGGAGGGUCAUCAGGGCACCUCGUUAUGGCUGAUGCCAAUAGAAUCCCUCAACACAGUGGUGUUGGUGUUGGUGUUGGUGUUGGUGUUGGUGUUGGGAACCUCCAGAAGGACAGUGAAGUUCCAACGCCGCCUGUUAUGAAGCCCAAGUCUUCGGCGCCUACUCCCUCGGCAAGUGGGAGGUCGCGCUCGCGGUCGGGUUCGUACCUGUUUGAUCGGUUAUCUCGUGCCACACGUGGCCUUGGAAGGAAGGCAAACGGUCAGCAAGAGGCGGUGAUAUCGGAGUCCUCAGGAGGACGCUCCAGUCACCACCGCUCAUCGUCGCUGAACGGGAUCAGAUUCUCCCUUUCAUCCUCUCCCAAGCAGAGAGCUUGGCAUCGCUCCACUCUAUCUGCCGUUGACGAUCUGAAUGAAACACUGGUGGAUGGAGAAGUCACAGCUGCUGUGAGGGAUUUAGUCUCUGACUCAGAGACUUUGUCGGGUCCUGGAUUGGGUACCAUCCUGGUAGCCGAAGGGUCUGACAGGGAUACCAAUAGAGCGGUCCCUGCCGCUUUGCAGGUUCCUGGACUGAGGUCGGGAGCUGCUGACGAAGUUGGGCAGGGAGAGUUUGCAGAAUAUGAUCACAAAAAUGACAACUUGAAGGCGGAGGAGGUUGCGCAGACUGAAGGAGCACUGUUGGGGGGGGGUGAGGGAGCUGCGAGCCCUCAGCCUGAGCCAGAGGAGAGCCGGAGCCCGGAGGUAAGAAGGAAGCGGAGGGAAAGGGAAGGUGUUGGGAGGGUUGGGCAAGGAGAGGGUGAGGAGCUAGAUUUGGAUGAUGCAGAAGACUGGAGAAAAAAAUCGGCAAUCUUUCGAUCUGGGUCGCCAUCGAAGUGGCUUCAAGACACACCAUCUAUCUUGCAGAAAGCCCAGGGAACAGCAGAUGAGCCACAGACACCUCUUGUGCUGACCAACGGCUCGCUGGUAACCCUCUACGCGAAUGGCCAACGACUCGCUGUCAUUCGUCAGAAUGGGAGGUGGGAGCUUGGUGUAUAUCAAAACACGUCGGGUGCAGCCAUGAACAUGAAGUCGUCGACAUGCCCACCAGAGUGCAUAUUCACUCUCAUAUGUGGUGCUAAUGGACGCUUCGUUGAGGAAUUACAGAUGCAGCAGCAGCUGGCAAUGGCGGAGAGCAUCCCAUCAUCUGGAUGCCAUCAGAUUAGCCCGGCUGAGGCCACGGAAAUGCAGAUGAGGGUGGAUUUGGCUGAGAAAGAGGUCGCAGAGCUGAAGGAGCGCCUUCAUGCUCUUGUUGGCAGAAGCGAGCCCUGUGGUGCUUUGUCUUCUGAUCAACGGUACGAUGUCUCAGAUUUGGAAAGAAGGUUGCUUGGUAUGGAGCGGGAGAACCAAGACCUACGAUCUCGAAUUUCCUCGUUGGAAGAAAAGUCAUCGCAAGCAAAGGCAUUAUCUGAAGCUUGGGCGUGCAAGAAGGCCGUCGAUGCGGAGAUUGAAGCUUUCCUUAAGUCAAGAGGUGUUCACACGACCGUUUCCGAGGAAAGAGGAGUGGAAGUGAUGAUGAGCCAAGUGGCAGCAGGCGGUCAUGUCAUGGGCAAUGUCAGCGGAAUCAAUGGAUGCAAUCUAUUGACAGGGCAGCACAGUUUUGGCGGUCGACAAGGAUGGAAGGAAGCUGCUAGGCUCGCAGGAGCAGGGGAGGGAUCCGGAGUUGAUCCUCGCAAGUCCUUAGAAUGGAAAACGGAUGCAGCUCAUGACGAGGCAAGCGGCAGGUGCACCUUGGAUAAUAAGUAUGCCCGUGGUCAGACCACAAGUCCCAAGGCAGAGUGCGGAACUCAGUUGUGUGAAAAUAGCAGGUAUGCUUCAUCCAUGAACAGCAGGGAACCGGUGUCGUCCCAUCCUGAGGUGGUCAAGAAGCAUUGUGAGACGGUUCUGAGCUCGAGAGGAUGCCAAGAGCACAAAGAGCAAGAAGGCAGCCAUCGUGAUGAGGAAGAUGAAUUCUCCCUUGAUGUGCUGUCUGAUGUAAGGCAACGCAGCAGGAACAGCAGCCCAGGUGUUUCCAGUAAGCCGCUGCAUACAUCAACCCUUGUUCCAGAUGGGAAGGAAAGUGCUUGUGCGGUUCCCGAGAAAGACCUUGGUCCUGGAACUCAAGGCCCUGCUUCCUCCCACUCACUGGAGACAGAGUUGUCACCACCGUAUGAUGUGAGAACGAUACUUGACAUGGACUUGCUGCCAUCCUGCGGGGUGAGAGGAGCAGCACCAGGAGCAACCUCCACAAAUGCUGUGUUUCCCGACCUUUUAGACUAUGCGCCUUUGCACAGUGAAAUGAAAAAGGAGGAUAUUGCUGUCGCACCUUGUCAGGAUGGGAAAGCAACUGAAGCACCGCGUACGAAGAUGGAUCUGGUAGAUUUGUCCACUGGAUAUGGAUCAGAUGAUGUUCGCCUGUCUGGUCCGUCUCCUCCGCAACGUAGAGAAGCUUGUGCGGAGGACGAAGAGAAGGAUGAGGACGGAACAAGCCUGCCUCGACAUGGAUUCACCUUUUCAUCAGACACUGACGAGGAUGUUGAAGUUUGCAAUGCAGAGGGAACGGAUGAAAAGUGGGUGGUGAGUUCUACUUCAAUCCCUCUGCAGGAAGCGGAGUGUGGCCCUCACGAUGUCGUACCAGGUGCAUUUGGUUCGGCAGAGUGCUCCCCCGGUUCUGACAAGCAGAGAGGGACAGGUCACAAGGAGGGUAACCAUAACCAUAGCCGGAAUGGAGACAUACAGAUACCAGUGGCAGAUCGCAGUCUCCAGUGCAAGCCGGAAACAGGGAAACAACCGGAUACAGGACUGCACAAGACGAUCGAAGGGGAAGCCAAGGAAGAUUUGACCUCUAAGCCUGUAAUCCACCAUCAACACUGCCACGAAGCUUGUGGUGGGGCGAUUGGUACUCGCCGCGAAAGCCCCAGAUCAGCUAACGAUUGCCAUGCACGUGAGAAUCCGGAUCUGUCCUUGGAUCAUCCAGCUGUGGUAAGUGCUCGUCACAGGGCAGAGGAUGAUAGCGACAAAACAUCGAUGACAGCUAUCUCGAGGGGAGGGAGUAUGCCAUGUGAUUCAGCUAGAACUGGCAGGUUGAAACUUUUGUCUGUUGCAAGGGUGACGGCCACUACUCUGAGACAGCGACAGGCAGAUAACGGAGGAAAGUCGAAGGAUGCGGACGGUGAUGUAGCUGAUGGUUCUCCUUCUCGUUCAGAGAACACAGCGGUUCCUUCUAGUCGGGAGGAAAGUCGAAGGAUGCGGACGGUGAUGUGCACGGGUAAGAUGACGAGCAGGAAAGAACGGAAAGAGGUGCUCUCUUCUAGUAGGGAGAGGUGGAAAUCAGAAGGGAAGGAGGAGAUGUGUGAGGGGUCUAACAAAUCUGAAAGGAAGAAUGGAGGUACAGAGAAAAAAAGGAUCAGGGGUGGUGAUGACAGCAGCAACAUGGAUGAAGAAGAGGUUGCUAAGUCUAUGGAUCGGCUGCUCGUGAGAGCCAGGAUGGCCAGUCGAGGGAAGAUCGAACUCCGGAGGAAGGAUGGCAAUGAGAAUGGCUCGACUCAUUGCGGCAGUGCUCAGCCAGGUCAUAGAGAGAGCGGAGGCAGUACUGCGGGAGGAGACUAUCGGGUCUUUGAUGGGAUUGACCGGAAGAACAAGAUGAAAAUGCAAAUUGUGUCCACUGUUGAGAUCCGAAAGGGAGGAAAGAGCAGGGAGAAAGGAAGGAGUAGCAGGAAGGCGGAGAAGAACGAGACACGCCGGGAGCGGGUUCUUCAAGUGCCAACUGCAGCUGAAGAGGCAGAGGAUGAGUUGGGAAAAGUGGUUGGCAAACUUGCCGAGCUGGAGGCAAGAGCUGCUCGGGCUGCAAGCAUGCUAGAUGUCGGGGUUGCAUCUCUUCCCAGUGAAGUUAAAAAGGCUUCCACUAUUCCCCUUCAAGAGGGGGAAGAAAGAGGUAAGCGAGGUGACGCAGAGGAAACAGGACGACAAAAUACGUGUGAAUUUUCCCAGCAAGGAAGGAUACCACUCGCAAAAGGAGUGGAAAGCACGAGAGAUGAGUCGAGAGAACAUUUGCGUGAUCAUCAGGAGAUGGGUCCAGUGGCGUCGGGUGCUCGACAAGAGGAAGAUGGAAGAAGACAAGAUGAGACCACAUACCAGGAUGCCCAAGGAGGACGUGGUGGAGGGUCCGAUUGCAUGAGAGGAUCGGUUAGAGAGUGUGGUUGCACCACUGACGAGGUGCCGAAUUGUCGUACUGGGGAGGUACUGGAUCAUCAGCGCAACUGCAUUGUGUCCAAAUCAGCGGAGACAUCUUUGCCACCUUAUGAGCAUGCAGAAGCCGCGUCACCAUCCCCAUUCUCAAGAAAAGCGCGGCCUCCUGUUGGCAUGUGUGGCUUGGAUGAGGCGAACUUGCAUCAAUCGCUUUCUCCUGAGCUUGCCCCAUUCACCCCAGCCUCUGUGGGGUCUCUGAGCCCCAGAGGCCCACCUGUCGUAUGUCAAGAGUUCAUGCGCGUGCGGCCGUCAGCAACGGACCCGGACUGUGAAGAUGACACCAUAGCCAGCAGCUUAGACAGAACACUUUCUUCAGCUAUUCCAUUCGCGUCUGUGUCUAACCCAUCCACGCCAGCAGCAUUCCCUUUUCCAUGGUCGUCCUAUGCAGCACUUGAAACCCCAUCAUCGAGGCCCAUGUUGGAAACUUUAAGUGCGUUCUGCACUCCAACGAGCGCAACCAGGCGCUAUUGGUCCCCGCUCUCCUCGAGCUCUGCCGAUUCCUCGCCGCUUUCCCGGCCAUCUGCCAUCUGGUCAACUGGUUUUCGGAGGUCACCCUUGACCGCAGAAGGUGGCACCUGGUCUCCUUCUCAAACGCCGGCUAGUCAGGCGGUUUCGGAUGAGUACCUGUCUGUUGCCAACACUGAUAGACCUGCUGCACGGCCUUCGUUUGGACUAGAACAAAUUAAGACAUGCCCUCCAGCUUUUUCAAAGCCGGCGUUUCUGUCGCCUUAUCCCUUUUGGUCCCCAGGGCCCAGUGCCGACGGAACGACCCCUGAAUGUGUACAGAAACUGGCUUCCCUGCAGCAAUGUGCUUCAGGGAGCCACAACAAUUUUGCAUGUUCUGCAAAUGAAGUACUCGGGAGGCAUAUUCCCACGACGACCACCACUUUAUCCAGUGCCCGCUUCGCUGCAGAUGAUGUGCGUUUCUCUACGGUCCCUGAGUUUGGAAGCUUCCAGUGUUCUGCCGAUCGAGCAAGCGAAGGAGGCUAUGGCGCCUUGUCUCCUCCAUCAUCUGUUUGUUAUCGUUCUCCUCCCAUGUCAUCUCGUGUGUCACGUAUGAGGACGACAGCACUCGGCGGCUGUGACUCCCCCUCACAGUCUAUCUUGGCAUGGCGAAGCGCAGGAUCUCAGGUGCGUCGCAACCUCUUGAGUUCCCUUUCACUAUCUGCGUCAACUUCUCCUCCUCACUCCAACACGACUUCUUCAUCCCGUUCGCUGUCCUCUCGACAAGGAAAUAGCCUCCGAUCGUCUUCCCCUCCACUUCCGAUUGCUUAUCCAAUCACUUCGACGCCCUCAGCCUCCACCGGGGAGGAGGAAGCACCCGUUGCCCUACCCCUUUCCUCAGGCAGCUGCUUGUGGGAUGCGGAACACGACUGCACUUUUCCUCCCAGUUCCCGUUUGUCUUCCCAGUGCUCUCCUUCCUCACAGUUGCAAGCAAAGGAUGACCGUGAUAUCAAAAGUGAAAGGCGAUGGUCGCAAAUUGUGGUCGACGGAGACCAAGGUGGGUCUACCGGGCAUAUUCGAUCAUGCUCCUCUGAGGAACAAGAUGCAGGUGGAUGUUCCUGCUCGCAAUUGACAAGAAGCGAGGCCGAACACCGAGACAGCAAGCCCAGAACAUCAACAUGUGACCCCAUCGAGGGAGAGAACAGGUUGCUGCGGCCGGAAAAUGAGUCAGUCGGUGAUGGAAACCGAGUCAACGACGGAAGCCGGGCUCUCGACUCGACGGGUCCUACGGCAUCCGAUUGUAAUAAGCCGAAGCAGGAACCCAUCGAAGUGUGGGCCACGGUGGCACCUGAAGAGCAGACAGAUGAGCGAAGUUACAGGUUGGAUGUAAUGGGUCGCAAGGAGCUUGACAGGAUGAAGAGAGCUAGUCGAAGCGACGAUCAUCAGGCUGAAGAGGAGGGCAUGUUGGUUGUCGUGAGGGAAAUUAUCGACCUUUCGCUGAACUCUGGGUUUUCCGUAGUGAACUCAUAUAAUGUGAGCCUUGACGAAGGCUUAACUCUUGAGAACUCUUUGGGAAAAACAAUGCAGGCAGAGUUCCAUCAGAGUAGCUUCCUGGACAGCAGUGACAGUGGAUCUCCAGAAUUGGUUAGAAGCCAGUGCGAAUUGGCCGAGUGGCAGCGACUCGUUGGGCCCCUGUUCACGGCAACGACCAGUUAGUCGAGAUUGGUCACAUCUUGUGUCCAGUGGGGAAGCUGUGCAUCUAUCUCUUUUUGACAAAUAAAGCCUAUUAGAGCGG